UUACGAGAAUGAAGUGCUGUUCACAUCUUACCGGUUGAGAGUUGCCUGUCACUAUCUGGUCAAUGACACCAAGGUAGUACAGUUCUUGUACCAGAAUAAUCCUGCACCUGUAGUCCAGCCUGGCCUUGGGGACCUUGCGGUCAUCAUGUGGCUUGCAUUGGAUUCAACUUACAAUGACUUCUAUGGAGCUCAGGAUUACCCUGUUGUGAAGUACUUGCGAAGACCCUUGUAUUUUGAGGUAGCACUCCUGUACAGCAGGGAUCCACAGGCUGAAUUGUUUUUGGAGAACUGCUGGGCAACCUAUUCUGCUGACAGGAAUAGCUCUCCAAAGUGGGAUGUUGUUGUGGACAGCUGUGAGAACUCUGCAGAUGAGUACUUGACCAUCUUUCACCCAGUCUCCAGCAAUGCAAGAGUGCUGUUCCCUUCCCAUCUGAAGAGGUUUGAAGUGAAAAUGUUUUCCUUCACAAGCGGCCAGGAUGCACUGAAAGGACAGAUUUACUUCCACUGCAGUGUUGUGAUAUGUGAUUCAAACCGGCCAUCAGACAGACUCUGUAGCAGACGGUGCAUUCCAGAGAAA